AUGGGCACGCGGCAGCAAAUAUCACAGAUCCUCGAGCCGUUCUCCCGGCACCUCGACGAGCACUCGCGCAUCUCGUUCCGAUCCUUCCUCCCCGAACCCGGGGUACUGGCGACGUACCGCCCCACGCUGUCGUCGAGUCCGCUGAUGAACCCCAUCACGGCAAAAAUAUUUUGUCAUUUCGUUUAUGUCCUCGGACCAAGUAUGUCCUUAUUCGAACGUUAUCCUCCAAAUCCGCAUAUCGCGUUUACACCUGGCGCAGGGUUGCAUGGUCCGCAAAACGUGUGGUCGUAUACGGUUCCAAUCCUCUCGCUCUCGCAUCCGCCGCUCCUCCACGCCAUCCUCGCGCUCUCGAGCCUGCACAUCUCGAAGCUCACGCACGGUCCCAGCGAACCCAGUCUGCUGCACUACCACAUCGCACUGCGACGACUCGGAAAAGCCAUCGCGAGCGAUAGGCAUAGAGGACACGUUGCCACUCUGGCUGCGACCUUGAUGCUGGCUUACUACGAGACGAUGGCGGCAGAACAUGACAAGUGGAGCAGCCACAUCCACGGCGCAAAACAGCUGCUUAGAGAGAUUGAUUUCGAAAGGGUAACAAGGCGUGUCGAGCUAAUUGACGAUGAGGAAGCUAGCGGCGAGGUGCAAGGCGACGCCCAGUAUGCAGCUACUCCGGGACGCCCGUCGAUGUUGGCGAUGCGGAAGAUUAGACGACAGAUGAUCUCCGAGGACGUCGACGAAACCCUGCAGACGUAUCUGAUGGGUGGUAAGCGAAGACGAGGAACCAUCCACAAGUCGAACAAGCGGACGGCGGAUAGACCCUUCACGAAGAAGGAGCUCGACAAUUUGAAGCUGCAGGCUGACAUGUUCUGGUGGUACGCCAAGAUGGAUUGCUACCAGUCCUUGUUGAGUGGCUGUCCUCUCGUGCUCGACUACGUUCACUGGGGUCAAUGUCCCCCGCGAGCGAGAAUAGGGACUCUGGGAACGACGUAUGGAUCCUCGGAUCACUACUUCCUGUUGCUCGGGCGUCUGUGCGACUUCCAGGUCCGGGAUCUGAAGCGAAAGCGGGCCGUGCUGAGGGCCAACGGUGGCACAUGGAUCCCGCCGCCAGAAAUGGGAGGUCCCCCACGCGGACGACACGGGCCACCGCCCAACGUCAUGCCGCCACAGUCUCCGUAUGGUCCUCCACCGGGCCAGUCCAAUCACUUGGACGAAAUGCAGUUCGGUAUGAUCCCAACGCCAUCAGGCCAGCCCCGUAUGCCGCGGGCAUUCCAGCAGGGACUCUCCCCCGAGGAGCAGCAGAUUCCCAAUCACCACAUCCCAGACCCCCUUCCCGAAUCCGACGACCUCGACGCGGCCUACGAUGAAGCCGAGCUGGAAUGGAACGAGAUCAGCAAAGCCUUCGAGGUCCUGCAGAACUCGCUCGGACCCGAGUACCAACCUCUCGGCAUCGACUACAUGACUCCCACCUCCUCCACUCCCUUCGGCCCGGCAAUCUACUACCGCACUUACUCCAUCGCGUCCCUCCAAAUGCUCUACAACAUGGCCAUGCUGGUCCUCCACCGGUGCCAUCCGUCGAUGCCGCCGGUGGCGAUGAUGGCAACCACCAUUCAGAGUCGUAAAACGCACACCCACGCCGUGGACAUAGCACGCAUCGUCGCCGGCCUCGUACCCACCGACUCCUCGACGCAAAUCAACCCCGCCCUCGGCGCCUCCCUGAUCGAGGCCACGAUGCCCAUGUUCUUCGCCGCAGUCCAAUACGACAACGACGACCAGCGCUCGUGGAUCGUCAAGAAGCUGCGGGAGAUCAACCGUCUCACGGGCUGGGCCACCGCGUCGCGCAUCCUCCUCGGAUGCCAGCGCGCAUGGGAGAAGGCGGCCGAGCUCAACGUCGGACCCGUGUACAACCGUCCCCCGUUCGAGGAGGAGGAGGAUAUGUUCUACGAAUACCAGCAGUACUACGUCGCGCUGCAGAACGGCGCCAGGGAGGAGGAGGAGCUCGACGCCGGUGAACAGAACGGUGCGGGCGGUGGAAGGUUCCUCUGGAAGGUCGCGGCGAGGAGGACCGUAGAUGCGGCGGGUAUACUGGGGGAUAGGAAUGAAGUUACGAGGAGAUAA